AUGUCAGGGAGGUUCCAACACGUCCAAAAUUGCAUUGCCCUCGUGGUCGUAACGGCGAGCGUUUUCAUUCACCUCCUCUCGUUCAUGCAGCUGGACAGGUCAGAAAUGAGCGAGAACGGAAAGUCACGUGCGGCGGCUCCAUGGUGGCUUAAUGCGCUAGCGCAACGGUAUACAAUCAAGCAAUGGGCCGCCUUUUACGCUUGCUUCAUAAUUUACUACGCGGUGAUGUGGUUUGUCGGCACCAAGUUCUGCUACACCGAGGAGCUUGACCGUGAGAAGUAUUCCAACCACAAGACGGCAUUGCAUCGCCUAGAAGCUGUUCAAUCACGUCUAAAGCAGUUAAAGACUACCCAGCAGUACAACGGUGGGUCGGACGAUGCCCUACCCCGUCGCCGCCGCCAAGUUGCGUCGGGGCAGCCGGAGUGA